AUGUUACCAUUAAAUUGUUCAAUUGAUAAUAUUUGUGGAAAGCAUGGUAUAUGUAAAGAUGGAAUUUGUGAAUGUAUAGCAUAUUGGGAUGGAAACUAUUGCGAGACUCCAUUCAAAGAUGAAUUGGGAAAUGUUUUUUUAUUCUGGCGUUUUAGAAUUUUAUAUUUAUCUUUGGACCCAAUGGUCCAAACCUAUUUAAUUCCACCUACAAUAACACAAUUACUCGGUGGACUAUCAUUAUACUUUGUUUUUACAGCAUAUUUAUUAGUAUUAUUACAUUGGAUAAGUGUUUAUCACCAUGUAUUUUCAACAAGAUGUCAUAAGAUUCUUAUUCCCGCUACAAAAAGAGUAUUUAUAGUUGUUAAUACUAUUUGGUUGUUGGCAGAGCUGACUGCAAGAAUUCUUUAUGGACUAGAACAAUCGAAUAUCUUGAAAUUAGAUAGUGGACUUGAACUCAUCGAUUUGUUGUAUGGAAUCUAUAUUGUAGUGGUUGGAUUCGUAUUUUCAUUCUUUUUCAUGGUGUACGGAUCACUCAUAUUCGUUAGGAUCAGAGAUGCACAAUUCGAAAAGAAAACAAAAGAAAAAGUAUUUACAAAAUUAACAUUUAUAGUUACAAUCUUGUCAUGGACAUUCCUAGUUGCUACAAUAUCAGUGAUACUGAUUGUCGUAUUCAAUGGACAAAAGACACCGUUCGGUGCAAUUUUCUCCAUGAGUGCCCAGUUUAUUUUCGAAAUUGUAUUGAUCAUAGAGAUGUUCUAUAUUCUUAAAAGGCAAGAGAUGAAAUAA